GGAAUCACCAGCACAAUUGAGUUUCGAUAUCACAAUGGUUACACAAGCCACGUCUUUCAUCUAAGAUAGAUAACUAGACUACUAGAGUGUCAAUUGAUGCACUAAUUACAGUAACUAAACCGCAAUCCCACUCCCAGCCUCGGGCUACUGUAGAUCGAUUCACACCGUCAUACCGUGGUUCUGAGUGGAGAUGAAAUUAACACAGCCAUGGAUUGCCGAUUGCGGAUGGAUGCGAUCAAGCGAAGAGUUUUCCAGCCACAAGAAGAAACGGGAAAGGAACUGCCAGGAAGAGAGUUUUGGUCGGACUAUCGCAGCUUUUCUCAACCUUAUUGCAUCACAGGCUAGUAGAGGUAGUUUGCGCGUAGAUCGCCGGAGGGAUUGGUAUCCCAGCCACCGUGACUUAUUGGCAUCGUCUUUAUGUUUCCAUUAUUGGGUCCUCGUGGGCUAUAUUUUGAGAUGGGAAUCAUAGCAUAUGAAUAUCUGGUGAUUUUUCCGAUCGUCGCUCGCCAAUGAGAUCAGCAAAUGGGUCAAUCCUGCACUACGCCUUAUUGAUCACUUUAGCCUCAAGAUCUGCGGGUCAAACGCAGUCGCACAAGGGAAAAAGAAAAAGAAUAAAAAGAAAGAAAGAAUCAUGGAUUCGCCACACUAACAAAGACUUCUUGCUCUUUGUGGGGGUCGAUGGCUGAGGUACUCG